AUGCAGAUAUUGUACAAGGGCCUUCCUACUGCUACAACGGAGAACGAUGGCUCAUACAUUUUGAAAGCCUUGAUUAAGGUUUUAAGGUGGAUUAAACGCCAGUUUGAUUGUGAAACAAAGAUUAUACGAAUCGACAAUGAGAAAGGAAUCAAAGAAUCCGAUACCUUCAAGGAUUGGGUAAUUGAACUGGGCCUAGAAAUCGAAUACUCUUCGGAAUAUAUCCAUGAGCAGAACGGUGCUGCUGAACGAGCAGGUGCUAUCAUAACUACUAGAGCAAGAACUCUUAGGAUAGAAUCCUUGUUACCCCAAUCACUGUUCCCUGAGAUAGCAAUCGCUGCCGUUUACUUGCUGAAUAGGACCCCUACCAAGAUGUUAGGAUGGAAAUCGCCCCUCCGAGCACUAAAAGAAUAUCUUCAUAUCGAACAGCAUUCUUGUGCUCACUUACGUGCCUACGGAUGUCGUGCGUACGCAAAGAUCCCCAAUGAGAUCCUCAAUCGAAAUCGAUCACAGAAGCUUGAUCCCAGAGCUCAUAUUGGAUAUCUUGUGGGAUAUGAUUCUACAAACAUCUUUAGGAUUUGGAUUCCUCACCUAGAUAGGGUGAAGUGCUAUCUCUUGUGUAUAUUUGAGCAUGGCUUUUCUUAUAAAUACUGCCUAAUUGUCAUGUAA